AUGCUUUUUGCUGCAUUGCAUGCUGGGAAGCAAACUUUUUGAAAAUGGCGACAUCUUUAGGAGCUAAUAUUUACAACAGACAAAAUUGGGAAGACGCGGACUUUCCUAUUCUCUGCCAGACAUGUCUUGGAGAGAAUCCUUAUAUUCGAAUGACCAAGGAGAAAUAUGGCAAGGAGUGCAAGAUAUGUGCCAGGCCCUUCACAGUGUUCCGAUGGUGUCCUGGGACCCGCAUGCGAUUCAAAAAGACAGAGGUGUGCCAGACGUGCAGUAAGAUGAAGAAUGUCUGUCAGACGUGCCUGCUGGAUCUAGAGUAUGGCUUGCCAAUACAGGUCCGAGACACUGGGCUGUCAAUCAAGGACGACGUGCCAAAAUCCGAUGUGAACAAGGAAUACUACACUCAGAACAUGGAAAGAGAGAUCGGGAACUCUGAUGGUACACGGCCAGUGGGUCUCCUGGGUAAGGCCCCCAGCUCUAGUGACAUGCUGCUGAAGCUAGCCCGCACCACGCCUUACUACAAGAGGAACAGACCACACAUCUGCUCCUUUUGGGUGAAGGGAGAAUGUAAGAGAGGAGAAGAGUGUCCCUACAGGCAUGAGAAGCCAACUGAUCCUGACGAUCCCCUGGCAGACCAGAACAUUAAGGACCGUUACUAUGGUAUCAACGACCCUGUGGCUGACAAGCUGCUGAAGAGGGCCUCCACCAUGCCUAGACUGGAUACGCCAGAGGACAAGUCCAUCACUACGCUGUAUGUGGGGGGGCUCGGAGACUCCAUCACUGACUCAGAGCUCAGGAACCAUUUCUACCARUUUGGGGAGAUCCGGACCACCACCAUCGUUCAGAGGCAGCAGUGUGCCUUCAUCCAGUUUGCCACCCGUCAGGCUGCAGAGUUGGCUGCUGAGAAAUCCUUCAACAAGCUCAUUAUCAAAGGUCGCAGACUCAACGUSAAGUGGGGCAGGUCCCAGGGAGCAAGGGGGAAGGAGGGAAGGGAGAGGGAAGGGGUGACUGAGAUGGGGAUGAAGCUGGAGCCGGUACCUGGACUGCCUGGAGCGCUACCUCUGCCACCUGUGGAUGAAGAUGCCCCUACCAACUAUUUCAACCUGGGCCCCAACUCAGCCCCACCUGUCAUGAACAUCAGUCUACCCCCACCCCCCGGCGUGACUAUGCCCCCUCCAGGCUUUGGCCCACCAAUGUUCCACUCCAUGGACCCCAUGGCGAUACCCCAUCCCAUGGGGAUGAGGCCUCCUGGCCAUGUCCACUACCCCUCCCAGGAUCCACAGCGCAUGGGUGCACACGCCAGUCGUCACGGAGGCUCCUAGGCCCUACUCUUAAUAGUGAUUGCUGUUUUUAAUGACAUUUUAAUUUAGUCUUAUACCAAUUCCUUACCAAAUUACCAAUUCCACCCUAUAAACAAACCAGGCACGGUAACUGUAGGCACAUUUCACUGUUGUGAGAGCCGUGUUCUAGAGGAUAACCUCUGUUUGUGCACCAGCAAGGUCUCGCUGGUUAGGAAAAGGGAGUUCUGAACAGUGUCAUUUUUAAUGGUUCCUUAAACCUUCCUCCGUUUGAACCUAUGUUCUAACCAAGGGUUGGAAGCGUUUCAGGGAGCAGAACCGAAAAUAAAUUAUUUGAGGAAAAGAAGCCGAACUGAAAACGUGAUCUAUAGUGUUCYGGAACAGUCCACAAAAAAUCGCAACGAAGCACCUCUGCAAAGCCCYCUCUGUCACUCAAACUUAUUCCAGCGUCUGCCUUCYAGCUGGAAAUCUUUGCCAGUGGGUGURUGUGUURGCUACUUGCCCCUCCCCUCUGAAGCAUAGGUUACUGUGGCCUACUGAUGACGUUACACGCAUACUUCAGAAAUUAGGGAGAGAUGUUUAUUUAAAGAAUGAAUUGACUUUUUGAUGAUAGUUAAUGAUAGUUAAGGAUACUAUUGUUUUCACACCUCACAUUGGAUGUAUUAACUACAAAAAGGUAAGAUGUGUUUUUAAUUCUAGUUCUGCUCUGCACACACAAGCUUGUUAGCUAAUGUUUGAUCUGGUCCAACAUUAAACCAACUCGGAAGUUCAGUGAUGUUCAAAGUUCCUCCAUAGAAGCCGAUCCUCCGWMRKUAUAAUUCUGUGGGCCUAAUUCAGAUAAUGCAURUCAUAACAAGAUGCYCAGCGCUUCAAGGCAAGCUUCCUCCAUCCUCUCUCUCCUCACCCUCAAMUGUUCUGUUGCAUUUCACGCCCUACACACAGUGUGUGUGUGUUUGUCUCUCAUUAUGAUUAAACCAUGCUGUUACUGCAAAAUACUAUUUGCUCUUARCGACUUUCCUAUACAGAUUAAAUCGCUUACCCGCUCCACAGCAAGCUGCUYUAUCCGCACUGUUUGGUGAAGUAAUUUAAUGUUGAGCUAAAUGUAAACAAAAAUGUUUAUUUCAGAGGUUUAAAAAGGAAUAGGAAGGAACUGUAUGUUCGAACCGGUUCAGAACUUUAUUUUGCUGGUCAGAAAAGGGAAACGGAAUGAAAGAAAAUAAUGGUUCUGUUCAAAACGAAACGAUCGUAAAAUUAUUUAUUUUCCAACCCCUGGUUCUAACUCUGAUGGCUUGUAGAUUUGAAAGGAAGGUUUAUGUUUGCAAAAUGUGCAUAUUGUACAAAUAUUUCUUAUACAAGAAAAUGUCAAACUAUUUCCAUUUGUACAAAAUUAUUCUGUAUAUCAUGUAUUUUGUGCAGAAUUGUCAGACGUUAAAGAUGGAGUCCUCAUWAGGGCAAACGGCUCCUUUAUUUAUGUUGUUGAUGAAAUGGAGGUGAGCACCGUGGCAAUUUUUUUUAUGCAGUACAUAUUCUGCUCUAUCGUGUGUGCAACAGUGUCAAAGGGGGGGGAAAGUGUUCAUGUAUUUCUUUGUUGUAAUAUCCAAAACGGACAUGGCAAUUUCAUCAAGUACUACAGCUUUAACGGUCUUCAGAAAUUCCAAUUGUUAAGACCAUUUACUUCCAAGUGGUGGCACUAUUAGCUAAAGAUUGAUGAAGUUGUCCAUGUCUCUGUAGAAUUGUAAAUGUCUUUGUUUUAAUAGAACUGUGAAGUGUAUGGUUGUCACAUUUUAGCGUCAUGAAUAUUAUCCUUUCGUUUGAAAAGUUAUGUACAUAGGUUACCAAGUUCCAUCCUUGAUAAAGAAUUACCUGGUUUAA